GUCUGAGAGCUGGCUCCGCCCCAGGCUGCAUCCUUUCCCCGUGCCGCUCUAUGUGAUCCCCUCACUGGGAUUAAACCAGAGACCCCCUCACACACACCUCGCCCCGGGCACGGCACUCGGACAGCCGCUGGGAGGAAGGGGCCUGGUCUGGGUACUGCGAGCUGGUCAUCCAGCCUGACUGUCACAUCACCCACCCCCUGGGAGAACACACACCCCCGCAUGAAAACAGGGACUGCACCCAGCACCGUGCCUGCUCACUGCCAGCACCCCUGCCCUCAGCUCACUGACAGCAACCGGCACCGUGCUCACUGACAGCAACCGGCAUCCAGCACCGUGCUCACUGACAGCAACCGGCAUCCAGCACCGUGUGCUCACUGACAGCACCCAGCACCCUGCCUGCUCACUGACAGCACCCAGCACCGUGCUCACUGACACAGCACCCAGCACCCUGCCUGCCUCACACGACAGCACCCAGCACCGUGCUCACUGACAGCACCUGCUCACUGACAGCACCCAGCAACUGCCUGCUCACUGACAGCACCCAGCACCGUGCUCUGACUGACAGCACCACUAGCACUGCCUGCUCACUGACAGCACCCCAGCACCCCUGCCUGCUCACUGACAGGCACCCAGCACCCUGCCUGCUCACUGACAGCACCCAGCACCGUGCUCACUGACAGCACCCAGCAACGCUGCUCUCACUGACGCACCAGCACCGUGCUCACUGACAGCACCCUUGCCUGCUCACGACAGCACCCGCACCGUGCUUCACUGACAGCACCCAGCACCCUGCCUGCUCACUCGACAGCGUGCUCACUGACAGCACUUGCCCUUGCUGCUCACCGACAGCACCCAGCACCGUGCUCACUGACAGCAACCGGCACCGUGCCUCACUGACAGCAACCGGCAUCCAGCACCGUGCUCACUGACAGCACCCAGCACCCCUGCCUGCUCACUGACAGCACCCAGCACCGUGCUCACUGACAGCAACCGGCACCGUGCUCACUGACAGCACCCAGCACCGUGCUCCCUGCCUGCCCACUGACAGCACCCAGCACCGUGCUCACUGACAGCACCCAGCACCCUGCCUGCUCACUGACAGCACCCAGCACCGUGCUCCCUGCCUGCCCACUGACAGCAACCGGCACCCAGCACCGUGCUCACUGACAGAGAGAAUCCAUACCAGUGGACAGACACCUCAUUACUAGCAGGAUAGGGAUACCUGGAUAUAGCAUUAUACCAUUCAUUACAGGGAUACCUGGAUAUAGCAUUAUACCAUUCAUUACAGGGCUACCUGGAUAUAGCAUUAUACCAUUCAUUACAGGGAUACCUGGAUAUAGCAUUAUACCAUUCAUUACAGGGAUACCUGGAUAUAGCAUUAUAACAUUCAUUACAGGGAUACCUGUCACUAGACAUAGCAUUAUUACACUCAAUACAGGGAUACCUGUCACUAGACAGACACCUCCCUCCUUUGCACUCCAUCACUGAUACAUUGAUUUUAGGCAAAGCACUGCAUUCACUUAUUUUAAUGUAUUUAUUAGCAAUUCACUGGCUGGUUUGAAAAACCUCAUUAUUUGCCCCUGAGCACGCUUUUUAUUACUCUAGUGCUGUUGCUGCUGUUUGCCCAUCCAGUGUGUAUUUGUCUGGCAUUAAAGGGAUAUAUCUCUGCCGCCUGUUACUGCCUGGCACCAGACCUGUCAAGAUGUGGACAUUUCUUGGGGUGGCCACCUUCACCUAUGUGUAUAAGAAAUGUGAUGAGCUCCUGAGCUCCCCACGACUGGAGCUCAUCCUGGGAGCUCUGCUGUGCUGCACGCUGGGCCUAGUACUGUCUGUGCUGCGGUACCGGGGCCGCUUGGGGUCCAAGAAACAAGGGGAGGCCAAUGGUAUCAUCUCCAAGUUCUUCAACAGGAAUGGACCAACGCAUCAAGGAGACCGAGGGCCACGAGGGACCAAAAAGGUACGGAAACAGUAACUAAGUAUCAGGUUUGGCAGACCAAAGAUUGGCAUCAAUGAGGUAUAGACAUUAUUAUUGGCAUUUAUAUAGCACCAACAUAUUCCGCAGCGCUUUAUGCUAUUUAUACAAUGGGGGGGGGGGGAUAAAAAAGUAAUUUAUGGACCAAAUAAUAGUGACCGAUAAAUGACGUGGAGAGGGCUCAAACCAGCUUUGAUAUUUUCCAUAAAUAUUGUAUAUUGACUUACUGAUUUAUAUAUUAUUAUUAUUUAUUUAUAAAAUAUUUUACCAGGAAAGAUAUACAUUAUACAUACAUAUUGUAUAUUGACUUACUGAUUUAUACAUUAUACAUAUUAGUCAUAAAGGGAUUGUGGAAUUACCAACAAUAUUACAAUUAUUCAAUAUGCUUAAUAAACAUCAUUUGCUAUUUUACUAGAUGCCCAUCAUCAAAUUAUAUUAAAUGAUUAUGUAUUCAUUUAGGUGUUCCCCUGUGUAUCACUUCAAUUGAAAUGACACAUCAAAACCUUUUUAUGUACUUUUUUCCUCUUGCAUAACAUUUAAAGACACAGUGUUACUAAAAUAUUCCCUCAUACUGUGUCUGUCAACCACUCCCUUCAGUUUCUUAUACUUCUUAACGUCUCUGGUUUAGAGUGCUAAAAAUUGAGGAAUCUGCACAAAUAUUACAUGAUUAUGUUAAAUGUAGUAGUAUAUAUUUAUCUAGAUUACAUAACCGCUCUAAUCCCACUGCAUUUAUUAAUUCAGCAUUGUUAUAGUAAACUUCAUUAGAGUGCUUAGUUUAGGUGUAAAGUCACUGGUUACACUUCUGCACCCUUUGGUUAUGAAAUAGUAGGACUUUAACUAUCUUCAACCCCCCCCCCAUCCCCCCAACACCCCCCACCACUCCCACACGACCCCCUUGUAAUGGGAGGGGCUGUAGGAGACUGUAACUAAUACAUAAUUCAUCAGGUAAAUCAGGUGGGUAGUGGCAGUUAAAGACGUUAAAGUUCUCUGUCAGUCAUUAUUAUAAGUUCUGACAGUCAGCAUAGAGAAAGAAUACAGAGAAGACUGGGUAGAGCAAGGGUUUGUGGGACUUGUAGUUCAAUGGAUAUCUUUCUACUGUACAGGAGUAACAGCCCAACUACAGUCAAGAAACCUAAGCAAUGACAAAAAUAGGCAAACACUGCAGGUUUCAAAUAUGAAGGAGUUAUAAAGUUAAUCCUGCCCAGCAUAACUAGCUGUAGCCUAACAUACACUGUGUUCCUAGCAUGAGUGGGUGCCAGGUAUGUCCCUCUAAUAAAAUAAACUCAGGCAGCACAAUUAACAGAACAAAAGUAACACUUACUUCUAUUACACUUUUUGUUUGUUUGCUCGCGCUCCUAAAAGAACCCUGUGCCCCUCAUUACUGGAUCACCUACCUCCUCAUUCCCAAUGUGAAUUCAGCAUUUACAUAGAAUUUUGUGGAGUAGUGAUUUCUCACAGGACCUUAGUUAAUUCAGAGGAAGACCAGAGAUUUGUUUUAUUUUAAUUAAUCUUCUGCAUUCUGCAAUUUACACAGAUAAUUUAUAGUGCUGGUUAUGAGUUAAUUGGACAUUGGCCUGUAUAGUUUUGUAAAAAUCCAUGCUUUGCCUAUUUGGUAUUUAAUAAAGUUAACAUAUUCAGGGCUUAAGUGUUCUCUGUCUGCCAUUAAGUAGUUGCUGAGUUCUUGCCAAGUUAGGAUGCCACACUGGGUGCUUGUGAAUAGUGUACAGUUUUAGGGUGUACAGUGCAGUCUCUACCAAAACAACAUCCUUCCUUCUCUUUCCUCUUUCUGCCUCUAUCUUUAAUAAGAAGGGAUUUACAUAAGAUGGUGCCACUAGACUUGUGCAUGGAAAGAAAAUGUUUUUGGCUGAACCGCUUUUUCAAAAAUGAGAUUGAGUUCAGGACCACAGACACAUUUUUUUAUCAUUUGGUUCUGCUGAAUCCAAAUGCACAAAUCUUGUAGCCCUUUGUGUUAAGAACUUAUGUGUCUUCUAAGGACUCUAAUAAUGCAUAUAUUUUAUUGACCUCAAUUCAUUUGCUCUCUUAACACAGAUUAAAACGGAAAACAAUCUGCUUGGGUCCACUAUGGAAACGGAUGGAGCAACCACUUGCUUUUCAACAUCUUGCGAUGAACCUGAGGUUAUUGUUGUUGGCUCUGGCGUUCUUGGCUCUGCAUUAGCUGCCGUGUUGUCUAGAGAUGGAAGAAGGGUUGCAGUAAUUGAAAGAGACUUAAAAGAACCAGAUCGUAUAGUAGGAGAACUACUUCAGCCAGGAGGAUAUCAAGCUUUAAGAGACCUCGGUCUUGGUGGUAAGUUAUCAUCAGCUGUUCUAGACUGCUGGCCGUGGUCUGAUGAACAUGGCAUAAAUGAGUCCCACAAUAGGGGUUUAAAAUGUAGAGCCUAAUGAUUACUGUCAUUUCAUUCCUCCUAUCUUUGCUGCAUGUUUACAGUGUACCUUGUAAUCAGCAGACACCGAUGUUUAUUGCCUUUAUCUAUCAUCCGAUAUGUUUGGAUUUAUAGUGAUUUAGCGUUCACAGUGGCUCUAAGCACAACUGCGAUACUUGUAGUGUUUGUUUUAGGGUAAUUACCAUUCUUCUAAGAUCAAUGAUCAGCUGAUAGGAUGAUGUUACCCUUGACAAAAUGUGUACCCCAGCUGGAUUUCUAAUUUUUUAAAUACUUGUCCAACCUUACGAGCAUUGCUGAAUGGCAAACCCUGUGUCUCUCAUAUUGUGUGCUAUGUAAUUUCUCCCACUAACACCAGGCAGACAGUGAUUAGUUUACAGUUUAGCAUUUAGAAGAAGGGGCAAUGGAAGUCAAAAUCUGAAUUAAAAGAAAAAAUAUUUUAAAUAUAAGUAUAAACAAAUGUAAUUAUUGUCUUCUUUGGGAGGACGGGUGAUUGUGCUGGCUGAAUCUGUAUCUCACUUUGUAAAGAAAAUCCUUUGACAUUAAAGGGACACUAUAGUAACCAGAAUAAGUACAACUUAUUGUAUUUGUUCUGGUGAGUAUAAUCAUUCCCUUCAGGCUUUUUGCUGUAAACACUGUCUUUUCAGAGAAAAUGCAGUGUUUAUAUUACAGCCUAGGGACACCUCCACUGGCCUCAUAUGGCUGCUAGAGGUGCAGUACUGCCAUUCAGCAUCUCUACGCUCUGCAUGGAGACACUGAACUUUUCUCAUAGAGAUGCACUGAUUCAAUUUUUUUUCUUUGAGGAGAUGCUGAUUAGCCAGGGCUGUGUUUGACGUGUGUUGGCUAUGCCCUUGAUAUGCCUCCUUGACAAGCUCAGCCAAUCCAUUGCUUUCCUAUGUGGAAGAAAUGUGUUUGACUCAUGAUUCCACAUCUGAUGAUGUCAGCAGCAGUCAAUGCAUUUCUAUGAGGAGGUGCUGAUUAGCCAAAACGGUGUCUUCAUGCUUUCAAGAGGGGUAAGUGGAGGGCAAGCCACCUUAAUGGUGGGUUUUGCACUAUAGGGUCAGGAAUACAUGUCCUGACCCUAUGGUGUUCCUUUAAUGAUUUAAAUGCAUGUAGCUGCUUAAUCUGAAAUAAAGGCAAUUGUAACUGUGUUUUUAUCCUUCUAGAUGCCGUGGAAGGUUUAGAUGCUCAUGUGGUACAUGGAUAUGUUGUCCAUGAUAUGGAAACUAAAGCAGAGGUGGAGAUUCCUUACCCCAAAGAUAAAGACAAUCAGCUGCAGUGUGGCAGAGCCUUUCAUCAUGGACGCUUUAUCAUGGGUCUCCGAAAAAUAGCUAUGGCCGAGCCCAAGUAGGUCUAGAUAACUCCUUCCUCACUGUGUCAUGAAAGACCUUAGAUUAGUGUCAGCAUUACUGAAAUUAACAUGCAAAAUUAAGCCCUGCGCUCAAACUCUCACUACUCCUGAGCGGCAGCACUGAAUAUAGUACACAUCGGCCCCAAUACAUACAAUAAUAAUGAAAGAAAAAAGUUACUGUACACUAUCCAAAAUCCCAGUACACAUUUAAAUAACUGGAAUGACCAUUCAAGUGUAAGCUCACCUGUCAUGUCAAGGCAAAACAUCUUAGGUGAGUCUUACAAUAACAAUUUUUCUUGCUGCUUUAAGCUAUUAGGUAAAAUCUCUAAUGAGGCAGAGGGGGGUAUUUUUCUAAAUCUGUGCACACUUAUUAACCCUUAAUAGGGAACACAUGGGGUGUGCGGCAGUAUUGUAACAUGGCUGUGUAAUACAAAAGCAAAUAUAAACAUUUAAAAUUAAGCUUAACCCCUUAAGGACACAUGACAUGUGUGACAUGUCAUGAUUCCCUUUUAUUCCAGAAGUUUGGUCCAUAAGGGGUUAAAGUGAUACUAUAAGCACCAAAACAAUUACACUGCAGGGGUGUGAACUAUACACCAAAACAACUCCAUUAUGCUAAAGUUGUUUUGGUGCUUAUAGUGUCCCUUUAAAUUACUGGCCAUAAAAAGUGCUACAGUGCAGUUACUGCAUGUUAAUUCAAAGAGGCAGCUAUCUAGUGAGGCACAUAGUACACACAAGAAUUUUAUAUACGAAUAAAGCGAGACUAGGUCCUCUCCAGAAUUCUUAAACAGAGAAAGAAAAAUCACAAAGCUACAACAUUUUGCCACAUUAUUUAAUUUCAUAAAUUAGGUAAGUGAGACAAAAUGUAACAUCAGAAUUUGAAAAUGAUGAAUGGAAGAAGGGCGAUCCACAUAUUUUACUUUAUCAUUGUUUGUAAAUACAGGACUGGGGGAAUAGGACGAGCCAGAGAUACAAUUGGUACACAAAUAAAGGGGGGUAACCCCAAACAGAAACUAUAUGCAUAGAAGAGAAGUAGUGUACCAAGGAGAGGGCUUGGAUAAGUGUCAAAUAUGGAGGAAAUCUUUAUUGGUCCAGACAAGGAGAAACGCGUGCGUCAGGGGUCCCUCUAGUGCUGUCUUUCACUACCAUAUGACAGCACACAGACUUACUAUUAUGUUUAUUUUUGUCCCACUCUAUUAGCCACUCGGCUUUCUAGCACACUCUAGCUACCUAGCGUCUCAAGAGAUUAUGUGCAAUUAACACAGUACGGAGAUAGCUUUAGGUGCCCUCGAAGGCACAGGGGGAGAAGUGUCUUAGGCUACCUUUAUAGUGCAAGACUAUCUCUAUCAUAAAACCAAUCUCUCUAUGUAAUUGUGAAGAUACCUAUCCACGCUAACUUUGAACAGUGCAAUUGACAAGAGAGAUCACUUGCACAGCUAUACCUGCCAUGCUACCAUACACCUCGUUCUGGCACGUGAUGCCGUAGCAUCUAGGGAGUGCUAAUUUUGGUAUUAGACUCAGAGCCAGCAUACUAUCUUGCACAAAGUUCUAUCAGCCAUAGCUUUGCCAUCGUCCCUCUGAACACAGAAGCACUACAGCGAUAGGUACUUUUAUAAACAGGAGGGGAUUAGCCAGUCAGUAUAUCAUUACAACUGUCUAACCUUCUCCACAUAUCUCUAUAUUGAUAGAACAAUUUAAUAGUCCAUACUUCUCUCACAGCAAUAGGUAGCGAACCUUAUCUGAAUUUAUAUGCCUAUAAGUAAUGGGAGUUUGACUUUGUGCCAAUAUUCAUACGUACAUUAUCCUGUGACACGCUAUACUCUGGUGUCCAUUCAGCAACUAUUCUUUUAACACACUUUCCCAAGUUAUAGAUAGUGAAUCUAGAUAGGCAGCAAACCUUAUCUGAAUGUAUAUGCCUACGAGUAAUGAGAGUUUGACUUUGUGCCAAUAUCAUCCUUUGACACGCUACACUCCAGUGUCCACUUAGUACAUAUUUUCCUAAGUUAUAGACAGGGCGUCUUACCUCUGCACCACUGGCUGCCAUUAAUGGGAGUUAGACUAGUUGCUAUUAUUUAGCUGCUAAUUAUCCAGUAACUUUGUUACGCUGUUCUGUUUAGUAUUUUUACUGGCACUAAGGGCUAUUCCCUAUUAGUUCACCCUAUCGAGUAUUUUCGUAACCAUCUUGGUACAGACGUGUGCAUAGAUUUUUACACUCUUUAGUGGUGAUACGCGCUACCUUGAUCCCCCAAUAGGCAGUAUGAUUGGAAUUACUAACACCAUGCCAAUCAUACCAGUUGGUGUUUACUUAUUUACACCUACCCUAUUCCUAUUCUUGAUAUAUCGUUUUGAUCUUUUUUUAUUUCCUCACUUUUGGGUUUGUUCACAGUACAUGAGCACCAUUGUAUUUGCCUUGCUACUGGGCAAUUUUAAUAGUUUUUUUUCAAUAAAAUAUAUUUGUUUUCCAUAUAUGAUAUUUCUCAUUGUCUGGACCAAUAAAGAGUUCCUCCAUAUUUGACACUUAUCCCAGCCCUCUCCUUGGUACAUUACUUCGCUUCUACACAUAUUGUUUGUAAAUACAUAUUACUGUAAUUGUCUGUAGCCAUAUAAUGUUAUGUUUAAUAAAUAGUUGAUGAUAUUAAUUGGUUGCUCCUUGUCUUCCAGCACUAGAUACAUUGAAGGGACAGUGAUGCAACUACUUGAAGACGACAACACGGUCCUAGGAGUACAAUACAGAGACAAAGAAACAGGGGACGUCAAGGUAACAUUUACCUUACACUUUUCCAGAACUUCACUUAAUUUGUGAAUAUAGUAUUUAUUAACAGACACAGAAUAUGUAAUAUAAAUGUGCUAUGGACUGAAAGUCUUUCCAUCAGAAAGAUGUGAAAAGUUAGCAGGAGAUGGGAGAAUGAAUGAAAUGGCGAUGUUGACACAGCAAGGGUAGGAUUUAGAUGGGUACAGAGGUAAAUUACUUACUGACAUUUAUUCUUAUAUUGAUGAGACACAGGGAAUUAUUUAUUCAGCAUGGAAAUCAGUGCACAAAAGGUUUGAAAUACAGAACAAAAUGAAUGUGUGCGGAGCAGAAUUAUUCACAAGGCAAUCCAAGGCAGCUCCCAACUGCCUCGAGAUUGCACAAGGCUCCGGAACCAUCCCUAUGUGAAGAAUGAAGGGGGAUGCAUAUUGUGUGAAUUACAAUGCAAUUUUGAUUCGUGUACAUUAUUUCUACUAUGUAUAUGGUAUUUCUGAUAGAAACACUGUAUUCUCCCUGGCUCUCCCCUCCCUUAUCUGAAAGGCUUCUAUGCCUAGUCAUGCACAUGGUGUAUCGUAUGGGUUCUGUAAUGGAAUCCAGCCAUCUAGUGGGUAGGAAAAUGUAUGCAUCUUGAAAAAGCGUGCAGGACACUGCUUGGAGGCCGUGGGUUAUUAUGGAGAAUGGGUUUAUUUUAAUAUGUGCAGAGUUUGAGAAAGUUUUUUUGUUUUUUUUUUAUCUUUAUUUUUUCAGUGCAAAGCAUAGUAUGUAGUUAGUGUGUAAGCAGGUUCACAUUAGAUUCUCGCAUCUUUUUAUUUUUAACGUGUUUGUGAAAGUCUUGACAGCUGGUGAGUCGCCCGAGUUUCAGAGAAAGAUAUGCUGUUUUUCCAUUAUUUUCAUGUGUUUUCAUUAAUUUUUUAUAACACUAAAUAUGUCAUAUAGUUGUUUGCUUUUCCAUUGUGUAACCUUAUUACAUGAUCUGAGACAUAAACAGAUUGUUUAGUAGACUGGGGAUUUGUUUAGAAUUGACCAAGGAAUUUGAAAUUUUAGACCAACAUAGUCAAGCUGGAAAAAUAGCCUAGUUAGCAAAACAAUUUCAGCCGUUUCAUAAAGUUUAAUUUGAAGAAUCUCUUAACUCUUCCAGUAAUAGUGAUGAACAACUUCUUAAUAAUGAUAUUUCUACUAAUUGUCGUUAACCGAGUAACAAAACUGCAUGCGUUAAUACUUAAUGAUUCUGAGUGCUUUGUCUGAUGAUAACUGUAUUCGUGUUGCAGGAGCUCCGUGCACCAUUGACAGUUGUAGCUGAUGGGCUUUUUUCCAAAUUUAGAAAAGAUCUUGUUUCUGGUCAUGUCACUGUAUCCUCUCAUUUUGUUGGUUGCAUUUUGAAGGUAAGAUUUUGUUGGAUAUAUCAUUAAAAUACACCCUAAAAAUGAAAAUAUUUAUUCUAAAUGUAUGAGGAUUAUUAUCCAUGAAACAUAAUCCCUAUUCAUUUUCAAUACCUUAAUCAUUUCAGAUUUUCUCGCUAUAAAAAUGUUAUAAUGUUAUGCCACAUUUAUUCUUAUAUUGAUGAGACACAGGGAAUGAUUAGUAGUGGCAGAAAAAGCUUCUGUAACAUUGUGUUUCAAACUAGUGGGAAAAAAAUUCACAAAAGAAUAUAUAGCUGUUAUAUUUCCCCCAUUAACAAGGUAAUUUAAGGGAAAUACUCCUACAUUAAUGUUUAUCUAAAUUAAAUAUACUUGUGUCCUUACAGUGACGUUUAAAACUAUGCUGUCAGGUCUAAGCUUAGGUCAUGUAUGUAUUGAUAAUGUUUACAGUUAGGGGAAGCUUAAAGGGACAAUUUAGGCACCAAAACAAUUUUAGCUUAAUUUAGCAGUUUAGGUGUAUAGUUCAUGUCUCUGGAGUCUCACUGCUCAAUUCUCUGCCAUUUAGGAGUCAAAUCACUUUGUUUAUGCAGCCCUAGUCACAUUCUGUUUAAUUUAGAAUUUCUUAUCUUCUAGUCCUUGCAGGAGCAUCCUAUGUGUGAUUAAAGUUCACUUUACAGUGCAGGAGAUAAAACUUCAAAAGCAAGUUAACAUCUAAUUGAUAAUGAAACAUUUUUUUUCAUGCAGGCUGUGUGAGUCACAGCCACAGGAGGUGUGGCUGCAAAAAUGAUUCAACUCUUAAAUGGCAGAGAAUUGAGCAGCGAGACUGCAGUGGCAUGAUCUAUACACAAAAACUGCUUUAUUAAGCUAAGGUUGUUUUGAUGCCUACAAUAUCCCUUUAAUGAACACUAUAACACUUAAUGAACACUGUAAAAAGGUUAGCUCAUAAUGUGUUAUCGCUGCAGCUAAACAUGCAUUAAAUGCUCCUUGUAGGGGAGUAAAGGCUAGGAGGUUGGGGGGUAUGUGGACCUCAGCCUCAUUAAGUGUAACUGGACGCUCAGCUGUCAGUAAGACAGCCAAUAGAGAUAUGUUGUUGCUGCAAUGGAAACAUUGCUUUAUCAACUAAACAACCAUUUUUUACACUGCAGGGAUAACGUUUUAAGGCCACUGCAUCCAUUAUUGCGAUGAAGUGGUUUUGGUGUCUCUAACCUCUAAGUGGUUCUUUAGGGUCAUGUUUUGGGUGCUUGGGGCAGUCUUAGGGUUAGGGUUAGAUUAGCUUUUAAGAUGUUAUGUACUGUAACUGAUGGAAUUUUAAGCACCUGUUCCUGAUGGUAAUUAGACAUAAUUCAAGGUUGUCAAAAUAAAGAGCGAUCUUAAUGAGACUGUCAUCACGUGCCAAUUACUUUUUUCAAAACCAGCAUGCAAACAUUUUUAAGCAAAUAUACAAACCAAAUAAAGCAAGAUUAAUAUAGAAAGGUUUGUAAUAAACCUGGUCAGAUUUCAUUAUUGGGCAAUGCCUCUCAGCUAGGGAAGCUUUUUUUCAGCCCCUUCCUUACCCUUCUCAGUUUCAUACCAAUCCUUUAAUACAGUAAUGACAGAAACAUGACAUCAUUGUAUAGCAACAGGAUAGAGAAACCUGACACCAGAGCCUGCUCUGUAUGAUCACCCUGAUCAGGCUCCCAAUCUAUUCCAAUACACUUUGUACUUUUUUGCAGCUUGUAACUCAUUUUACUUCUGCAUGAUUCAUGAUAUAUUUUUUCACAUUUAUUAAUAAAAAUUAAUCAUUCUCUUUCCAUUUUUUAUCCCGUGUUAGAACUCCCCGCAGUUUAAAGCAAAUCAUGCAGAACUGGUUCUAGCAAACCCAAGUCUCGUGCUCAUCUACCAGAUUUCGUCCACCGAAACACGAGUUCUUGUUGACAUCAGAGGCGAUAUGCCAAAGAACCUCAAAGAGUAUAUGGUGGAAAAGAUUCUCCCUCAGCUACCAGGUGAGAUAUGGAAGACUCAGAACGUGAGAUAACAAUGGAAGAAGAAAGAGUUUCAUAUUAAAGGGAAACUAUAGUGCCAGGAAAACAACGUUAUUUUCCUGGCACUAUAGCUCCCUACAGUGUCCGCCUACUUUGCGCCUCUUGUUGUAUAGAAGGGGAUAAAAACCCAGAGCCAGUUCAGGCUCCGCCUCUGCUCCUCCCCCGCCGACAGCAGGUGGGGGAAACCUAAUGCGCAUGCGCGGUUAUGGGCACACUCACAUUACUACUUCCCCCAUAGGAAAGCACGUAAAAUACUUUCCUAUGGGGUUUAACAUGACGCUAGAUGUACUCAUGCAUAGCGUGAGGAUGUCCAGCAUCGGUUAGGCAACCAAAAGUCACCUAACAAACCGGAAGUCCCUCUAGUGGCUGUCUGGGACAUAAAAGCAGCCUAAGGAAAACAAAACUAUAAAACUAUGCAUCACUCCAGCAUGGUGUGCAAAUAUACAGGUGCAAAAGAUAACUUGAAAGCUAUAUAAACCAUUUGGGUCCACACCUUAUAACUACUGACUUUAGCAAAGAUGUCUUCCUGACUUUAGGUUAUCAGCUAUAGCUAGCCAGUAUUUGUUGCUGCAGAUCAAUAUCCCUUUCUAGACCAAUCUUUUCAACAUUAAAUUUUCCCUGGUUUAUUACAAGUUUUAGGACAUUGGCCAACAACCCUAUUUAGUAGAAAAGCACCCUACACAGACUAUGCAACUUUUGUUUUUUACUUCAAGCUAAUACCUAUUACCCUCAAAGGACUACUGUGAGACAUUAUAGAAAAAAUAUUGUUGCAACAUAAUUUAAUGUGUGCAAUCUUGCUAUUUUUAGUUGACCAGUGAAACCUACUGCUGCUGACUCUGAAAUCUGCAGCAUACAUAGAGUGAAUUACCAUCUCUAUAACUACCUGUUUAUACUUUGGUUUAUUCCGUUUUUUCCUUUUUUGAUUCUUGUACACAAUGUUUUUAUAUAUUACAUUUUAAAAAUUAAUUUUUAACUUUGAACUACCUAUGAAUAUGGACUAGUAUUUGUUUCUGAUUGAGAAUUGGAGUGGUUUCUCAGCCUGGGGUCCAGUGUGGGCUGCUCUGCUCUGAGUGAGUUCCGAUCCAUAUGAUCAGUGUCUGUACAGGUUCCUUGCGCACCCUGCAGUGGUGCCUGGGCGAGAGUGACAUUGCAUUCUGAGUCCUGGCACCUCUAUAGGGCAUGCGAGGGAGCUGUGUAGGCAAUCCUCAUAUAGGUAAGAGCUUCCUCGUCGGCAGAAACCCCUCUCCAAAUUAUGCAGAGCAGCAGCAGGGAGUUCCCACCAGCAUAUUUUGAGUGGCUGAUCAGUGCCAAGCAAGAACGACACUGUGCUGCACUAGGGGGAGGCUGAGGAGCACUCGCCUAGCACAGUAGAAGAGCACCAGCCGAGGACAAGAGCAACCCAUCUGUAAAUUUCCCAGUAUCUCAGUGGGCCAGUCCAGCACUGUAGGUCAGUUGCCUAGACUGGAAAUUUUACGGCAAAGCACAAAACAAAAGGGUGUGGCUAGUUUAUGCUACAAAUGCAAAGCGCAUCUUUAACCUGUGUUUUGUUUUGAAUUUUGGGGAGAAAAAAAAAAAAAUCACACAGAAAAAUCUCAUAUAAAACUCAUUCCCCAUAUUCCCCUUCAGAUCAUUUGAAAGAACCAUUCCUGUUUGCGGUGGAAAAUGAUCGACUUAGGACAAUGCCAGCUAGCUUUCUACCACCAUCACCAGUGAACAAAAAAGGUAACUUGUCACAUUAUUUAUUUUUUGCACAUUAUGUGCUACAUGAAUAUUGGUAAUAAGAUGUAGAGAACAUAAGAACACUCGUUCCUUCACUUUUCAAACUUUUCAUAGGAUUUCUUUUCUACAUAGCCUCCAUAAUUUAUUAUCUAUCAUAAUGAAUUUAUUAUCACUUGUAUAACUUUCUACCAUAUAUAGAGCACUUCGAUUGAUAACAUUUUAUAGCACUAAUUCAGAGGUUGGGGUACAAAAACUUUUUGAAGUCUGGAGUUUGGAAAUCUUAUUUUAAUCCUGAUGAAGUAAGCAGAGUAACAGACAAUUCAAAUCAGAGAGCAAUUUAACUAGUUAAUAGUGGCAGAUCUUUGCUAUGUAGUCCACCAGUCCAAGAAUAAAGACUUUUUUUUCCUUUUUCUGGAACAGGAGUUUUACUUUUGGGAGACGCCUACAACAUGAGACACCCACUGACAGGUGGUGGGAUGAGCGUGGUCCUGAAUGAUAUAAAGAUUUGGAGAGAUUUACUUCAGAGCCUGCCGGACCUUGGUGAACAUUCAGAUGUGCUCAAGGUGAGACAUAAAGGUUGAGUUUAUUAGGAUUUAGGGGCUUGAUUACUAAACAUGGGCUAUUUAGCUACAUAGUUAGGUACCUGAAACUCAAGUGGUUUCAGCAGAGAUGAGCAGUACUCCUGAGAAGGGGCGACUUGACUCUCCAGCCUAAUUCAGAGAGAAAGGUCUUGCCAGAUGUGUUUAUCAAGCAAGUUUAUUUCAAAUUUCAAGCUGUACACACUUAGCCAUGUGCUGUAUCAUUAAAGAGAUAUUUUUAAGACUAAAUGAUUGCUAGAGGGAUGUGCAAUAAGUUCAGAGGGCUACAAGCCUCGAUAAUACUUACUAAUUUGUAUCAUAUUACAUUCAUAUAUUUUUAUUUUCAGGCCAAGAAGACAUUUUAUUGGUCUAGGAAGAAGUCCCAUUCCUUUGUGGUCAAUGUCCUGGCCCAGGCUCUGUAUGAAUUGUUUGCUGCUUCAGAUAGUGAGUAAAGACUGACAAUUCAUGGAAUUCUCCUAUCAACAAAAUGCUGUUAAAUUACAUAUAUAAGCUAAACCUGAAAACCUUAAGGCUGUUUAUUUUAGAUACCAACAAUGCCCACAGACCUCUCUGCUCUGCCCAUAUAUAUGAGACCAUGCUGUCCACUUCAGAACAGGUUUUUUUUAUUUUUUUUUAAAAACUUGAGAAUAUAUCAGACCAUCCAUAUUACCUGUAUCUGACCCAUCAACCUUCCAUGAACCAGCCAUACUGACAAUUUGCAGUUAUUUUUAUGAAUGAUAUAUUCUGAAUUCAGAUUCCGUCUUCUAUAGAAUGGAAUUCUCUUUAUUCAUGAUAUUAUUGAGAAUGUUGUACUAUUCCUACUGGCUAAAUAGAAACAUCUGUGUCAUAUCUGCAUUCACUAAUCAUCUUCUCUACUUGGAUGGAAAUAAUGAUUUUGCCUAUUUUAAGAAAUCUAAACAUAUUUAGAAAGAUAAGAAUUUGAGUUCUAAUCAUUCUUAACAAUAUGUUUUUUUUCUUCCUGAUGAUUAUCAAUGUAAACCAACAUGCUUGUGUGAUUUGUAUUAACUUUUAUUUCUUUUCACAGACUCCACGUAUCAGCUGAGAAAAGCCUGCUUUAAUUAUUUUAAGCUUGGAGGAGAAUGUGUUGCUGGUCCUAUAGGACUAUUGUCUGUGUAAGUUUAAACUUAUUCUUAUUCUUAUUUCUUUGGAUCACUGGCACUUUUGUUUUACAUCAGAGUCUGUUAAAGAAUGAACAUUCAGCACCUGAACAGUAACUAGUACAAGCUCUUAACUGUUUGUAUAAUUGUAAAAUUACAUUGGGGACUUUUCUUAAAUUUUAAUAUAAUACUAAAAAUACAUUUAAAAUGUGGUAUCCAUCACAUUGGGGAUAGUAUUGAAACUAUAAUAUUCAACUACAAACUACAAUAACCAACAGUUUGAUGUAUCUAUGCCUGCCAGUAGGAACCCACUACAGCUAGCAUGGUCAUCCAAUUUGGGGUUAGCAGGGUUUAGAACCACUUAAUCUGUCAUUCUAUCCCCUUUUUGGCACUAGCAAUGCUUUUAUAUUUAAGAAAGUAUGCUUAAACUGGCACCAGUUCAAAGAAUUGAGUGGUGUACCCAGAGGUGGACUAAUAAAGUGCAAAAUUACAUUUAUCUCAGGGUCUAUCGCAGUGGUCAACUAUCUAUGGCACACAAGGCUGCCAGACCUAAAAUGGCUGGGGAGAUCUGAGGAUCCAGCCCUUGACCUGUACCUGGUCAGCACAGUUCUCAAUGGACUCCAGGGAAGUCAGCCACACAGCCGAACAUUCACAUACAGCUCCAGAAGGAGUCUUCCCCGCUCGCAGUAAUACAAACAACCCACAUUGAAACACACACAGACCCCAAAAACACAACACUAGUGACAACCCAUAUACAUCCCCACAAGCAUCCUCCCACAUGGAAUAUCCCAAACAGCCCCACAUACAGACAACACCACACAAACAAUAUGACAUAACACCCACACACAGAAUUCAACAAACAACCCCCAUACACAGCCCACAUUCCCACGGAUAACAUUAUACUCAGCUCACAUACAAAUGUGAAAACACAAUACCACAAAGUGCUCAGAACAAACAUAAUAUAACACAGACCACAUAUGCACAAGUACAACUCUACAAAGUAGCUACAGCAACCAUAUAUAACCGAACAGAAUACGGCAAUAUACAUUAAGGUAAAAAAAUAGGACCAGCAUGCUAAUUAACACCAAAGUCUUGUUUUGGCACAGUGCUGCUAAAAGAUUGCUUACCCUCGCUCUAUCAUGUGGUAGCCCACACACACUAGUAGUCAACAGUCAAGAGUGGUGGGAGAUAAAUAGAUGACAGAUGAAUCAUGAAAGAUAUGUAAAUAUAUCUUUAUUAAUAUAAGCUAAUGUAAAUAUAUAUUACAAUUUUGUGUCAGGUUGUGGGUGAAAUAUGUUCAUGUAUUUACAUUAAUGCAUGAUUUUCAUGUUCUUUUUCUCCACCGACAGGAUGUCUCCGAAACCCACACUACUCAUUGGCCACUUCUUUGCGGUUGCACUUUAUGCUGUUUAUUUCUGCUUCAAAGCCGAGCCCUGGUUAACAAAGCCACGUGCGUUGGUCAAUAGUACUGCCCUCUUGUACAGAGCUUGUUUAGUGAUAUUUCCUCUGAUAUAUUCAGAGAUGAAAUAUUUAGUUUACUAAACGAAGUUCCAGUUAAAUCAGUAUUGGAAAUGAUAAGAAGCAGCAAAAGGACUGUGUGGAGACACUUCCAUCUUCCUGUAGACGACCAAGCAGGCUCUGCAUUUUUGUAAACUAAUGGGAUUUCAUAAUUGCAACAAUGAUCACAUACUAAAGCCUUGCCAGUAAAAAUAAAAGAGUUAGAUGCAGAUGUCAGAGGUCCAUUUUUGUUUACAAUGCAGAAUUGAAUGACAAGUGCUCUGGUCCUUCAAGGAUCUCCGUGUGAUUCCUCUACAGAUACUGAGAGGCUAAACAAACACUUUAGCUUUGUUUCCAAAUGAACUGUUAAAGACUUGGUUAUAAAUGCCUUCAAUCUAGAAACCAGGUUAACAUGGACCUUUUCUGGACCUACCCUUGAAUAUGAUGAGUUUGAACGUAAAAGAAAACACAAUCAGCUCUCACCUGUGUGAAGACUGAAAACACAAACAAAGGUUUCAAGUGUUGUAAGGCUUAUUCAGGUAUAUGAGAGUACAUGUUCUACUUGGACCUGGAAACAUUGAGUAAUGACUGGAAUGUGGGCUUUUCAAUCCCAUGAAAAGUUCUUUAAUGCCAGUAAACAAAAAUCAACAUGCCUGCAGGCUUGUACAAGGGUUUCAAUUAUGUUGAAACGUCAGGUAAAAUGUCACUGUAUUAUACUUACAGUAAGGAAAGGGAUUAUUUCUACCAGUCUAUGGUAGGUUAAUGGCCCUUUUUGUGAUGGUGAUCUAGAACUGGCCAUUACUAAAACAUUGGGUGCACAAUUCAUUAAACAAUAAGAGAGGCAUCACAGCUAUUUAAAAUAGAAAUGAAACUAUUUGGUAAACAAUGAUACACACAUUGUGUUAAAGGGCCAUUGUGCAGUGUUCUUUGGAGCUUAUUUUACAGUUUUAGCUAACAUGAUAUGUUGUGUAUGUUGGCUGCCAUGCGACAUUUAUCAGAAUCAGCCAGUGGGAUUUGUAUACAGUACAUAGGUGUCAACAGUAGGGACCUGAGACCUGAUGCUAUGGGGGAGAAAUAUAACAAAGCCUCUGCCACACCAGUGCAUACAACAUUCAUGCCAUCUGAAACAAGAACGAAAUGGCACUUUUAUGCAAGUUUAAAUGUUACAUCUUGUCUGAUAUAAAUAAAUAUAUAGCCAUCGUACACAGUAACAACACAUUAUGGCACAUCACACCAUUCAAGUAUUUUUGAACCACAACAUAUUUGCAUUUUAUAAUGCCCCGUUUACUUAUUUUCUACUAAAUAGAACUGGCAAGACAAUGCUGAAAUUACAAAUAUAAAUAUAUCUCAUUCCCCCAACAGCCAAGAGAUGAAUCUGGAACUGUACAAAAAGGGUGACGCUCCAGCGUUCUGAAAUACAACUCUAAACAGCUUCAGACUGAGAAUAAUAGGAGUUGUAGGCAUUGAAAGCACCACUCCACACUCCUAAAGCACUUCAGCUUGCUAAAGUGUUUUAUGGGUAAGGUGAUGAAUUCUAAGUAAAUCAACAGUGAUUUCAUUUUUAAAUGUUUUAUUUAUUCUUAGCACUGUCUAGUGUUCCUUUAAGUAGUUGAUUCCUAAUUAAUUACUUGUAUCCCUUUUAUGAAUAUAGAGAAUGAAAAGGCAUUGGUACAGUGUGAUAACAUGUAUAGAGCAAGCAGGAAAUCCGUUUAAUUUGUUGUCUCCGUCCCUUGUUUAUGACAUCACCAAUUGGCAUCCUAUACAAAUUAAUUGUUAUGAAUUGGUGGCAUUUAGUGGUAAACAUUUCCUUAUAAUCUAACCACACAGAAAAUAUAUUUUUUUUACAAAUGUUUUUAAUGUUGACAAAGUAUUUAACUGUGUUCUGAAAAUAAAAUGGAAAAAUUUGGCAUACAAAUACAUUUUUUUUUUACAGGAAUAUCAUUUACAAACAAUUAUUUCCAUCUUGACUUAUGUGCAUUGAUACAUGUGCGUUAAAUAGUCAGUGAAUAUUGAACACAAACGUAUCAUUGCACAUAAUUAUUCACUUAUUCUGUCUUGAGCAAUUCAUAGAAUGCAUCUGUGAAAACCUGACAUUUAAGGAUUAUAGAUGCUUGAAAUGUUAAUUAAUUUAUGUAAAUCCAAAUGCACAUAGUUUCAUUAAUUUAAUUUUGUUGAGCUCAUUCCACUGGUGUAAUAAUAUAAAAUGUUUUAAUGGUUCUAAAACUUAGAAACAUAUUGUCUAUAUGCAAAUAUUUUUGUACAGUAUAUCAUACGAAUAUUGUAUGAGUGCAUUCUUUUUUUAGUUUUUAUCGGACUUAUCUGAAAAAAUUAUUUGAAAUAUUAAAAUUACUUUAUGUAGAGUUCA